GAAAUAAAGUAUUUAAUUAAAUAUUUUAUUACUUAUAUUUUAAAGACUAAGUUCUUUCUAGCCUUUUAUACUAUAUAUAAGGCUAUUAUAAUAAAAAGAAAUAUUAAGGGGGCUUUUAAAGGAGCUAAUCUUAUUCCUCUUAACCUAGAAACUAUAGUCUUAAAGCUUAAUAUAUAG